AUGUCCAUUGGUGAUGACAACAUUGUCGCCUGCAGCUGCGAGGCGCCCGCGUCCUCGUCGGAGGAAUACUCCGACACGUUGGAGUCGUUGGACGCUCGGUUGAUUGCGGAGGCUCACGCACGGCUUCAACGCCGCAUGGAGCAGGGGACUUUGACGGAAAGUAAAGAACUGGCCUUCCCUUACUGUUCUGUGUUUGCGCCGUGCGGUAUGUUUCCGAUCAGUACACCGCCGUUACCGCUCUUUAUGAAAGACGACGACGUGGUCUCAAAAAUUCGUGCGCGCCUCUUGAAGGAACGGCAGGACGCGGUGGCCGUGGAGGACGCGAUGGAGAAGGCUGAGCUGGCCGUACUGGAGGCUAAAUGUAUGUUGCUGGAAUCCAUGCCUUGA